UCAUAACGAAGAGGAGGCGGGACUUGACGGUACCAAUGAGGUGUUCAGGACUCUGCCGUACAUGGUUAUCGGAUAAAAAAGAACAGAAGAAAGUUUACAGCUCAUGAAACUAUCAUCAGAAUGAAUGGGACGGCUUAUUCCAACUUUGACAAGCAAGAACAUGUCUUGAAAUUAGGAGAGACGUUUGAGAAACAUCCUAAAAGUGGCUACCAUACAGUGCGAUAUGACUUCAAGCCAGCCUCCAUUGAUACAACAUGUGAAGGGGAGCUUGAAGUGGGCAAAGGAGAGCAAGUCACUAUUACUUUACCCAAUUUAGAGGGUUCAAGUGCUCCAGUAACAGUCUUCAAGGGGUCAAAGAGGCCGUACAUGAAAGAGUGCAUCCUCAUUGUGAACCAUGACACAGGGGAGUACAGAUUGGAAAAACUCAACAGCAAUAUAGCUGUGAAAAAGACCAGGGCUGAGGGCAGCAGUAAGAUCCAUUCUCGCCUGGAGCAACAGACCAGUCGCCUGAGCCAGCAACAGCAAGUGAAGAGUAACAACAACAGCAGCAGUAACAAGACCUCAGCCAGCUCCAAGAAUUCUCCUCCCAAAGAUAAGACCUCCCCGGCAUCUCCCAUGGACGACAUCGAGAGAGAGUUGAUGGCAGAGGCUCAGGUCAUGGACCAGCUGAGCAGCGGUGACAGCUCCUCAGAUUCCAACAGCUCCUCGUCCUCCAGCAGUGAUGACAGCUCCAGCAGCAGUGACUCUGAAGAUGAGCGAACUUCUGCGCCACCCACAGCCCCGGCCAACCACAGCAUGCCUAUCCUUACCACCAGUGCCAACACCAACAGUCGCAACCAGGAGAGUGGAGGAGGACUCAUGAACACACUCAAGAAUGACCUCCAGUUGAGUGAAUCAGGCAGUGAAAGUGACUGAACACAGGGACGUCUGUGGAUAUCAGAAGGAUUUUCAGUGAGGAACCGGGUACAGACCUGUCAGUGUCUUGCUUCCUUUUAAUGUGGAAACUGUCUUCUCUACAUAUUCACUAUUCUUCUAGCUAAAUAUAAUUAGUUGCUUCUCCGCCAACAAACUUCAAAUUUUAUGUCACAUUUAUUGCUUCGUGAUUUUUUUUUUUUUUUUUUUUUUUUGUGGAUACUGUAUGUUAAAGAGAUAUCUUAGUUCAGAGUGACGUGAUGUAGUAGGUGUAAGAGAAGCAGUAAAUUCUAACAAACUAUCCGUAAUGUUUCGUCUCAAUGGAUGCACAUCUGUUGUUAAACUGACCAAGCAUAUCCAAGGCAGAAUGAUGAGUGUUAAUGUGGAUGUUUCUGCACACCAAUCAGUUGUCUUAAACCACCAUUGGAGUUUCUGCAUUUCAGCUUAGCAAUAUUAGGAAUUUUGCUGUGCCUUAGGUCGGUUCAGAUGUCGGUUAAUAGCUUUAGUUUAGCUGCAUUAGUUUCUGAUUGGAGAGAGAUUGGUAAUCUGUUUCAACAGAUUUUAGGAUGAGCCACGCUCAUAUGACUUAUAGUUAUUUUAAAGUUAGCUGUAGAGCCUUUUGCUUUAGAUUACUGAAACCCAGCUGCAGGACAACUAAAUAUUUUCAUUUAAAGAUGCAUCAAUUAAAAUGUUGGCAUUGCUUCAGGGGCAAUGGAACAAGCUGAAAACCUAACAUUGAUGUAUUCUCUAGAAAGUUGUAGCAAAGGGGUAGCAAACCGUUGCUUAUUUAGACACCCAGCAGUCACAGAUCAACAUUGUGUUUCUUGCAAACUGAAGAAUAUUCACUCUCCUUUUAGCUCUGUGUUGGGUCUUCACCAACUGCGUUAGAAAAUAAUCUGGCUCUUUAGCCGCUAGAUGCUCCACUAUGUCCACCAGCUAGUUCCUAACUCUGUCUCGGUCUGCUGUUUGACACUGGGUGGGUAGUGUACAGUUUUAUCAGUGUUGGCAGAUAACAGCAUCCUGUUGUGACUGAAAACUGGGUGGAUGAGAGUGGAGGUGUUAGCCAGAAAACCAAAACAAAGAGCUGAAAGACACUUAAAUGCUCUGUAGAGCUUAAGGGCAAAGGCGGGGGAUAAUUAAUAUUGAUUAUUGCAGCUUUAUGUUUAUUGUGAUAUCUUAGUAUAUAAGUGAUUUCUGGCGAAGUAGUGCACUAGUACUCAGUUGACUCAGUGAGGGUCAUGCUUUGUAGCUUUAAACCUGCAAUACUUGAAUCUAAUAAUUUAUAUUUCAAAAUAUACUCUGCCAAUGGUGAAUUGCUUCAUAUAUUUUACAUAUAGCCAAGCAAUUGGUGGUGCAAGUAAGUAUGAACUGUAUUGUGUAAAACAAGCCAGAUGCUUUGAUACUGCACCUCAAUGUGAGUCUUAAGGGACUUCAUGUGCCUUUCGUUAUUUGCCUCUGCCAGUUAUAACAUAGGCCUCUUCUUGUUUUUGUCACAAGCCCCAUAUCACUGCUGAGCUGUCUCAGCAAACAGGAAGCUGCUAUUUAUGUCCCAGCAUUUCUUUGGCAUCCCAGCUGACUCCAUACGGUGAGAGACUGAGAUGAAAAUCAUGUCUUAAGUCAAUAAUAUGUUUUAGCCUUAAGGAGAACGCUGGCCUUAGAGCAUCAUUUGUAAACUAUUUGAGAGUCCUUUCUUUGUAGAAAAAUAAAGAUUUUAAAAGUA